AUGCAGGAAGAUUCCAGGAUUCCACUUGAAAUCCGUGUCAAUGCAGAAGUUACGCCAGGCCAGAUCACACAAGCUGAAGCCAAGCUAGGUAGCAUGGUCCAACCAAUCUUUCCGAGAUCAUGGGUCGACUCACCACUGGCCUUGUAUGAACCUGUGCCUGCAAAGCAGUUCAUCCAUUUACAUCAACACGCCAAGCAGACCAAAUGCCCGUUGCUGUCGGGGGGCAGUACCAUGCCAAAUUUGGACUUCCCCUGCACCAGAAUCUGUGCCCUUUGGCAGCAGGGACCGUGGGUAGCUCAAGAUGAAAUGGACUACUACCUGUCAGCCGCUGAAGUUGGAGGAAACAUCUCUGCAUUUUCCCCAACAGUUUUCCACCAUGAAGCCGCAGCCGAUGAAGAAGCUGGGGUCUGGUUGUGUCACCCGAUCCAGUAUGCCAAUGAAAACCAUACCUUUGUCUCUGCAGCCAUUGUUGCCAAGCAUUGGGUACCUAUAGUGAUUCAGGCCAAGAACAAUGUCGUUCAGCUCACCACCACGCCAGAAGGUCGGCGUGCCUUCGAAGUGAGACAAGGUGCCUCAGAAGCCAAAGGUGUGGCUGGCUGCGCUGGACCAGUCGUCCUAGGUGCUGAGGAAGACCAACUUUGUUUUACGGUGCAAUGGCUUUACGGUGGUGAGCCGGUGCCAAAUGUCCAGACGGACAUGGAGUUUUUUCCUCGCAUGAGUUACACCUUGGAGGAGGUGGUGACUUUGGUGGAGCACACUGGCUGUGGAUCAGGUCGCUUGCAGGGAGCCCAUAUGUGUGUGCGGAUGCUCGAAGAUCCAGCUGAUGCCAUCACUGAUCGCCCGGUGGGUCUUUACCCACGGCCAAAAGACCCAUGUGGGCCUCUUGCUGUACCGGAGCCAUCUGUGGCUGCACCUGGUGGAUUUCAUCGAUCUGCAGAUACAGGCCGUCCCUCUGAUGAUUUCCAGGACAAGCCCAUCGAGCCUGUGGAGGACUUCACCAAGAUGGACACUGAGGCCAUGUUUUCGCCAGGGUCAUCACCAGACGACUGUAUAGCUGAUGUGGCUCAUUCGCCCUCAUCUCCGGUACCGAUCACUGAUCAUGAUGGCAUGCCAUUGUGCUUACCAUGGGAAGAUCCAUCCAUAGCGCCUCUUACAGAUCAGGAGCGGGCUGACAUUGCAGAAUUGGCUGGAAGGAUUCAUGAUCGACUUCUGAACUCGCGGCGAUUGCACUCCAGCGAGUCCCAGGCAUCGGACUACAUGGCCAGUUGGUGGACAACACUGCGCUACAUCACCACAGUCUUGCAUGCAGUCCCACCGCCUGUGACUGUUCACCGACCUGGAUCAGUUGCAGGCCCUGCAGACAGCAUGCGCAGUGCCACUCCUUCUCCGAACGAGGAAUUCCUGCGAGAAGUGGCCACCCCGGAGUUUUUGAAGAACUACAGAAUGAUGGUGAAGGCCAAGAAGGCCAAGCUUGAGGUGUUCUACUUCACUUGGAGGAAUGACAACCCAGACAGUUGCACCUCACUGGAGGACCAGGCCCCUGACAUGAGAGUGAUGCAGAACUACGACAAUCUCCACAAAUGGUUCUCGAAGUUUGGGCGUGCCACUCCAACCAUCAAUGAGAUGAAAAUCUCUGUCCUUGAGCUCCAUGAGUCACUGCAGAUCCUGGCAGGAACGUUGGUCAAAGACUUGAAGGUGGAAGGGAACAAAGCUGCGCUCGACUGGCGUUCACUAGUCUCCGACGUCUUGACUCUGGAACGCCGUUCCACUGGUGCCAGGGCCCCAACUGCCUUAUGGCUGAAAUUUCCCAACGAUGUGGUGAACAAUUCGCACAUUCUGGCUGCCGCAAGCCAAUCCAAAAGGCCUGAUCAUGAGUCAGAGAUCAAGGACCUCGGUCACAAACUGACCUUGCACCAGCUGGAACUGCCAUCUGCUGAAGUUGUGAACCGUAGGAUGUUCCAGCACUACCUCGAGCUCCAAGUCCUCCGCGGCCGGAUCAAUUGGCUCUGCCGGCAGAGUCAAGUUCAGCGUCAUCAUCCAGCAGUAGCAGUGAUGAGGGUAGAAGCCUUGGAGCAUGGUGUUCAACCAGGUGAACUUCAACAUUUAUUUCAGAACUAUGACCAGAUCGUAAUCAUCGAGUUCCAACGAUACCAAAAGGAGCUCGAGGUUGCCCCAGAGGGAAGUGGAAAACCCAUGGAGGCUCCUGUGAAGCCAGCGCCGGCCAUUGCCACCAACCCAGAUGAGAUGGACACAUUGCCGAUCGAGAUCGAUGAGGACCACAAGCCCCUGGAAGACAAACCCGCGAUGCUCACAACGGAGGAAUCGGCUGCUGCAGCCACAGCGGCAUUGCAAAUCUAUGCCGGGAAGACGGAUGGUGAACAGGACAUCCUGCAGGCUCAAGCACGAGUCAGAGAGCUACACCGAGACCUUCAAGCAAAGGAAAUCCAGGCGAAACAGGAAAAAAAGGAGAAAAAGAAACAGAAGAAGGCAGCAGAGCAACAGAACAGUGAGCCCACAGUGGCAGUUAAGGCUGCUGACAUGGACCCUGAACAGGAAAACCACCCGGAACAGACCGAGGUCGUGCUGGAGAAAUUGAAGGGCCUGGGCACCAUCACUGUGCCAAGCGGUCUGCUGGAAAAGAACAAGAAGAGUUUUACAGUGGGCCUUGGCACAGCACCUGGCAGGUUACAUGCCAUCGAUUUCAUUGUGCAGAACACCCCUGCAUAUGCAUCCGCUUCAACCCGUGUCUGGGUCUCAGCGCAGUUCUCAACUGAAUGGAGGCCUGCAAUUGAAAAGUUCCAGAACAAGCUCACGCAAAAACGCCGGUCAGAGAUCAAGGAUCUGCCACGUGGCAAGAAGAUGGAUUUCUCCAAGAUCCAAAAGGCAGAGAAUGCAGAACCGGAAAGCAAUGCAUCCACCCCUGUGGAAAUGAAAGAAAAGAAGGAAAAGAAAGACAAGAAAGAUAAGAAAGAUAAGAAAGAUAAGAAAGAUAAGAAAGAUAAGAAGGAGAAGAAGGCCAAGAAGGAAAAGAUAGAUGAGGACCCGUCCCAGUCCCCAUCCGACAGUGCCCCCUCAAGCUCGGUGAAGACUGAGCCUGCACCAGCAGCUGAAGGUGAACAUCCUGGUCAGGCCAUGGCCAAAAGUACAUUGAACGCCAAGGCACUGGCAGCACUCAACAGAGCAGCAACGGCUGAUUUGCAGCACCAGGUUGAAACUGACCCUGAAAAGAACGAUGAUGAGCUGCCGGAUCUUUCCGAGCAUGUCAAGAAGCUUCGGCACCGUCAUCUCAACCAGUUUCAGCGGUCUUUGAGAAGCAAGACCACACCGGCUGAAAUCAAAGCCCUGGCUCGCGAAAUCAGAGCAGGAAAAAAGUCGGGCGAGUACAGCGACCUUCUGGAGGAUUUCUUUGCAUGCAAAGGAAAAUGGGACGAAAGCCGCACCAUGGACUCCCUGUGCCACCGCACUCGCAAGAAGAGAAGCCUGAAGCGGGCUUGGAUGACACUCAAGGACUUGGAGAAGAGGUUCGAGCGCGAAUCCGAUCCACAAGGCCUUGCAGCAGCGCUGUUCUCGGAAAAGGUCAAAGGUAAAAUGGUCCGAGAUCACCCAGAGUUUCCCGGCAACAAGGAAAUGAGACAAGUCAAAGUCUACAAGGAGGAAGAGGAAGUCAGUGAAUCUGAGGAUGAACGUGAGACCAAGACCAUGCACACAAAGGCGGACAAAGAGACUUUGUCGGACGAGGAGGAAGACCCUGCAGCGGAAGCACAGAGAGAGCUGCUGAAGAACAAAAAGCAGGCAAUCACCAGCAUCGCCAGCUGUGUUGGGGAGAAGCCGGACAUCGAAAAAAAGCUCAAAGAGAGUGAACAGGAGCCACCAACAACUGCUGAGCCCCCGGAUCAAUCUUUGCUGCAGGUGCGUGAGUGCCUGGAAAAGGUCAAGAGCUGCAUCGAGAAGCACAAGAAUGCUGCCCAGACAGCGAAGAAGAAUAUUGUGACUUGA